AAAAUUUUCAAUUAUCAAUAUCUGAAAUGCUGUUACUGUGUUAAAUAUUAAGGUAUAAUUAUAUUAUAGUUCAACAGCAAUUACGUUUAUUGAAAACAGCUGUUUGGUUAAAGAUACAAAGGAAGUAUAAACAAGUUUAGGUUUUUUUUCCUUUGUUAAGUAUCGUUAAUAAUAAUAAAUAGAGGAUAAUUACUGGUUUUUUGGAGAAUAUAGAUUUUAUCUCAGUACCUUAUAAGGCUCUCUUCGUAGUGUCAACUAGUACCGUCUAUGCUCUCUUUAAUGGCAUUUGACAAAGAAAAUUCUAGAAGAAAACUUAUACAAUUCUUUAUUGCCUUAAGAGAUGUUGGAAAAGGAAGCUAGGUACCACAUCUGUGAUGCAUUAGAUCCUUCGCAUGAAUGGGAACGCAAAAACAAUUUGUUGGUAUUGCUCUUGUCUCAAAGGACGAAAUUUUAAAUGAAAACUUUUCCAUUUUCAAGGACUUUACACGAUAUUUGCAUGCACUAUCUGACAAAAGAACGCUGCAGUCGAGAGUGGUAUAUCAUGAACGUAUUGCUGUAGCUUUAAAUGCUGGUGCUAAGAACUUUUACGAACAUGGAGAAUGUCGUCUGUUGGAUCCUAGUAGGAAACUUCUAUUUGAAAUCAUUGAUGAAGAGAUUGAAAGUAAAACAGGAAAUAUAAUGGACAACACAAAUAAGAUAAUAACUUUUGACAAGGGUGGAAAGGGUGUUUUAAAAAAUAUGAAAAAAUCAUAUACUAAAUUAUUUCAUGGGUUAAACGAUUCUGUCAUACUUCUGUUCUCGUAUUUUAUUCCAUGUUCUAUUGAUUUCUAUAAUUGCUCUAGACUAAUUCACAAGUUUGUCAAUGUUUCUGGUCUUAACAUGGCGAUCUGUUACGAAAGUAUUUAUAAGUUUUCCGACAAAUGUUUAUCCUUAAGCCAGAUAACUAUGGAAAACGUAGUUGUUGUUGACUGUGACGAAAUAUGGACAGAAAUUCGAAGCCAAAUAAAGCCUUUAAUUAACACAGAUACAUUUCGAUUUAAAUAUGAGUUUCUUAACGGCGAGUAUGAUAAUGACUUUGAUGAUGAUUUUGAAGAUUUCGCUGACGAUGUUUUGGACUUUAGAAAGAGUACACGUAUGAGGCAGUUUGGGAAAGCACUUUGUAGAAAGAUGAUGAAACGAUACAACAAUUUCAUUUCUUUAAAAUAGUUGAUAUGAUAAGAAAUAUAAAGAAAAUGUAAUAUAGGAUACGAUUGUUUAUAAUUAGAACUGAUUUGAAAUUUCUCCUCAAUUUUAGGUUUUUGUUACAGUUAGAGUAAUGUACUGUUUCAAAUAUCAUUGUACCAUUUUUUACGUGUUAUCCAAUGUGAAAAAUAUGACCAGUAUGUACGUAGUACUUAAAUGUUUAAAUAGAUAUAGAACACAAAGUAUGUAAACAGAUUAUAUUUAUCAUUGUAUACCUCUGCCAAUUUGUGUAUAACAAUUAUAAUAAAUAGCUUUUUAUCUAUACAAACAUGGGUACCUUAUCGGACGUAUUGCAAAUCGAUACAUUCAUGUCACAGUGUUUUAGAUGUGGUUAUGUUAAAUGGGCAUAUAUUUUUUCACAAACAAACAA